AUGAUACCAACAGACAAAAAUGAUAAAGCUGCAAAAUAUCUUGAUGGUUCAAUAAGCACUUUCAGAGUAUUAGAAUCUUUAGAAAUUGACUGUCCUUCUUAUAUUCAAGAUUCACCUGAAAAUCUUACUUUUGGAUUAAUUCAAUGA